CCAGAGGCAGUGUGAAUCAUCUGUUGAACAGUUGAGCUGUAUUUCUAUUUCACAAUUUAUUCGCAAAAUAAUGAGUAGCAAAUAACAGCUUAGUAAUAGUUUUUCGGUAGUUUGGACAAUGUUGAACGUAGAAUUCAAUUUUAGUAAAAGUAGUGUUGUCUAGCUAUCCACGACUCACGAGGUGCAGACUUUUGGAGUAUUUCGAUUCGAAAUUUCCGAAAGGUUCGGUUCAGAUUUUCUUGUAAAUGUUGGUCUAGUAAAAUUCUACACUUUCUUCAUCAGCCACCACGUUAUAAAAUGUUUUCUCGAUUUUCCACAAUGUUUCACAAUGUGCGAAUCCCUGGUGGAAGUGGGGGUGACCGAAGGGUAGGUGGAAAUGGAAAUAAUGGAGGAGGAGGUUCGCGACCUCCGACGCCGAGCUCAUCGACAUAUGGGUCAUACCCUAAGAAAAGCAGGUCGGAUAGGGGUGGUAAAACUGGUCCAGGUUUACAAGCUGUCGAGCUGGACAAUUCGGCUGCGGUCAUCUCCAAAAUUGCCCAUUUGUACGCUGAACGUUUAUUGAGUGAUAUAACUCUUGUGAUCAAUGGGGCAGAGUAUCCUGCCCAUCGACUGAUUCUUUGCGCGUCUAGCGAUGUGUUCCAGGUCAUGUUAAUGAACCCAAAUUGGAAUGAAGCUAAAGAGUCAAAAGUAGUUUUACAAGAAUCCGUCGAAUGUGCCCAAAUUUUUGAAAACUUUUUGAAAUAUUUAUACACUGGAGGAUUGAAACUCGAGCUGCAAAAUGUUCUUCAUGUCCUUAUUCUUGCCGACAAAUAUAAUGUUAAGGAUCUGAUAUCGUUGUGCUUAAGUUAUAUGGAAAUUCACAUCCCAGUUGCAGCUCAGCACAGCCAACUUAUACUUUGGUUACAGUACGCUUCAAAUUUUGGAGAACAUCAUGCCAAAAUUGCAGAAUGUUGUCGGAAUUACCUCAAGUGGAAUUUGGAAUCUGUGUCAAAAGCGGAAGAUUUCCCCCAUUUAGAGCCAGAUUUGUUUACCAGCAUCCUCAGGCAAGAUGAUGUCGUUGUUUUUGAUGAGUAUCGUCUCUACCAAAUUGUUGAGUAUUGGUUAAUGUGCCGAACAGAGAAGGGGUGCGAAUCAGAUUUAGACGCAGAAAUGGAAAAUGAAGUUUCAAAAAUGGUUUACCAAACUAUGCAACACAUACGCUUUCCCAUGAUGAAUCCACGACAGAUUGCAGAUCUCAUACAGAGUCCUUUGAUCAGAACUUGCGAACCAGUUAUCGAUUUGAUGGCGAUGGCGAUGAAUUUUCACAACGGAUGCAUUGAAAAUGAUGUAGACAUGGUGCCUUCUUCUUUAUCCUCUCUCUCAUCUCGACAUCGUCAAAGUCUUUCAUCUUCGCGAAAUCCCAACUACAAAUUCUUCACCCCUCGACUAUAUUGUACAGAUCAAUGGUCAGUUUGUAUGGUCACGCCCUUUGAUAAACUGCAACACUACCAAGCGCAAACGUUAGUUUUUGCAACGCCCUGUUCAUUUUCCGAACUUCUGAGCAAAUCUGACAAACAAAUUGAAUGGUGUUUGGACUUUUAUCCGAAGGCUGUCCAAUUCCAAAAGUUUUGUUUAAUCGGAUGGCAUGAAACGACAGAAAUGCCAGACCAUAUCUUGAAAACAGUUCGUCUCUCUGUCGUCUGCCGUUCUGAAGGGAACGAAGAUGUUCGCGUUCACAUUGGAAUUCUAAUAGCUGGUUCUCAAGAUGGAGUUGAACAUGUCCGUAAAGUAGUGAACAAGAACCAUAUUUUCUCUGAACGUGACCGAGUGCUCAAUAUUGACGAUUUGCUGCCAUACGGAGAUCUCAACCCGUGUGCACAAUGCGUUGCUAGAAACCGAGUUCAACAUCCAAGUGGUACUUCUUCUAGUCGGAUGGGCGUCGGCUUCCCCCCAGCGUCGCCAUCAUGUCCAACCGUCCAAAGUGAUAAUUAUAAUGGAGAACUUCAUCAGAACAAUAGUAAUAGUAACACAAACUCUUGUUGGAAUUGUCACGCCACGGAAUUGUCAGGAACCAAAAGUUGUUUCUUGAUCGGGGACUGUACGAUCAAAAUUCGAAUUGCAAUUACACCUUUGCCCUAAAAAUAUACUUGAUUCAAAGCUAUACUCAAAAGAAAUUACUUAAAUUAUAAUCAUCCCGUCCAUGAAGUUUUGCUUACAACUUGUCAAUUUCCAUUGAAUUUCUGUUUUUAUAAUUUGGUGCUCACUUAAUUAGUCAACAACUGAUUUUUAAUCGAAUAACAAUUAUGACAAUUCCGGUAAAUCGCGUCAUGCAAUAAAUUCAACAUUAUAUACGA